AUGCCACGCCCUUUCUUCCACAAGCUGAUUUUCUUAUCCACUAUCCAAGAAAAACGCCUGAGAGUUCCAGAUAAGUUUGUGAGUAAAUUCAAGGACGAGCUAUCGGUUGCAGUUGCACUCACAGUACCUGAUGGUCAUGUUUGGCGUGUAGGACUAAGGAAAGCUGACAACAACAAGAUCUGGUUCCAAGAUGGUUGGCAAGAGUUUGUUGACCGUUACUCUAUCCGUAUUGGUUACCUUUUGAUCUUCAGAUACGAAGGAAACUCUGCCUUCAGCGUCUACAUUUACAACUUAUCCCACUCCGAGAUCAACUACCACCACUCCACUGGUCUCAUCGACUCUGCACACAACCACUUAAAACGCCCCCGUUUGUUUGAAGACCUUGAAGAUGAAGAUGCUGAGACUAGUGCACCGGGGUAUGGUAGUUCGUCCAUCCAGAGCUUCUUCACUGGACCUGUUAAAGCUGAAGAGGCAACACCAACACCAAAAGUUCCUAAAAAGAGAGGGAGGAAGAAGAAGAACGCUGAUCCUGAGGAAGUGAACUCAUCUGCUCAACGUGAUGAUGACCCUGAGAGCCGUUCAAAGUUCUACGAGAGUGCUUCUGCGAGGAAGAGAACAGCGACUGCAGAAGACAGAGAGAGGGCCAUCAAUGCAGCCAAAACGUUCGAGCCAACAAACCCUUUCUUCAGAGUUGUUCUACGACCGUCUUAUCUAUACAGAGGUUGCAUCAUGUAUUUGCCGUCUGGUUUUGCUGAGAAGUACUUAAGUGGGAUCUCUGGAUUCAUCAAGGUACAGCUUGGGGAGAAACAAUGGCCUGUGAGAUGCCUAUACAAAGCAGGGAGAGCUAAGUUCAGUCAAGGAUGGUAUGAGUUCACUAUGGAGAACAACCUAGGAGAAGGUGAUGUCUGCGUGUUUGAGCUGCUACGAGCCAGAGAUUUCGUUCUGAAAGUGACGGCCUAUCGAGUCAACGAGUAUGUUUGAGACAGACAUCACUCACUGUAGGUGCUAUGUGUGUGACUGGUCGAUCAGUAGUGAGGAACCUCAAGGUUCAUUUUCUUGUGUAGGGUGUUUUGAUCUAAAACUGCUAAAACUAUCUUUCUAUCUGUGUCAUUGGGUUAGUCUCUUUGUUUUGUCUGUGUGGAUAAGUUAAACCUCCUUGGAGUGAAACUAAAAUUGUUUGGAGUAGAAGUUAGGGUUUAGAAGUUUUUUUUAGAGGUUUGUAAAAACCUAAUCUUCAUCAAGUUUGAUAUCGAUACUUGUGCCCCAAGAAAGAUAAUAUGAUGAAGAUGGGUUUGUUCUUUUUUUGAUUCUUUGAUUUUUCACUAUCUCUUAGCUCG